CCUCACUAUGCUGCCUGCCGGUACAAAUCCAAAGACAUGCGCUUACUGAUUCUUCUGCGCAUGGGCAACAAAGACAAAAUGUCACCCCUGUGCCCUCACGCCACCCCCAAAACGGCCCGGUCACCAGUACCAGACGAUUUUUUGUCAACGGCUCGUAUGAGCUAAACACACCCCAAAACACGGCAACAAAGCUCAGAAUACGACAAUGGUUCACUGAAGAGAACCUCAGGAAGCCCUCGGAGCAGCCGGAAUGGCUGACAAAAAUGGGGGUGCUGAACCAUGCGCAACAUGGUCGCAGGCAGAUUGCGCCAGAGAGGAGUCAGCCAGGGCUCAACCGGGCGAAUCGGGGGGACCGCGUUGGGAAUCCUAGACGGACGCCGUGA